GGGGCGACACUGGCCCUCGUCAGGGACUGCGACGAGGACGACGUGCGACGUGCCGUCGGCUGUGCGGUGGCCGCCUUCAAGCAAUGGCGGACAGCAUCGGUGGCCGCGCGGGUGGACGUCCUCCUGAAGAUCAAGGCAGGACUGAUGGCCCGCCAGGAGGAACUGGCCGCCAUCAUCACCGCUGAGAACGGAAAACCGUUGGGGGAGGCUCGUGGGGAGGUGGGUUUCGCGGCAUCAUUCUUCCAGUGGUACGCAGAGGAGGUACGACGUUCCUAUGGGGAAGUCAUCCCCUCUCCCGACCCCCGCAAGCGCUUCCUCACCCUGCGACAACCCUUGGGGGUCGUCGCCCUCAUCAC